UGCACAGGACCUAAUCAUAUGUUUAGGUCCUGUGCAAGUAGCUCAUAUAAAAAUAUAAGACAUAGGAAUGGGAAUACUAACAAUGAGGAUAACUUCUACAGCUUUUGUACUUCUCAUCCAAACAUUUGUCUGUUUGGCUUCAAAUGAUUCCCAAUUUCAACUAAUUAACAGGGCCACUGGUUUUUGUUUGGUAAAAUUAAAUAACCACUGCAAUGACAUUCGCUGGACAUCUGGGGAUCGACUUUUGGUUCAGAAUAAGAACAAGUGCCUGGGUGUUCAGGGAAAAACUGUGGGCAGUGAAGUAAACCUGUAUGAUUGUGAUGAAACCAGUGAGCUCCAAAAGUGGGAAUGCAAGAAUGAAACUGUGAUCGCUCUCAAAGGCCAAGAACUUUACAUUGACCUCACUGCCGAUAACACAGCCGUGCUCUCAAAUAAAGUUGUGCCCAGUAGCCACCUUACAAUUUCUGGGACUUCCAGCGGUGCUUGCACAAGAACAUAUACAGAACUUUACACCAUUGAAGGAAAUGCAGCUGGGAGGCCGUGCAUGUUUCCUUUCUUUUACAAAAGCAAUUGGUAUUCGGAGUGCACUGCAUUUGACUCUCCAGGGAACCGUAAAUGGUGUGCAGUUGAAACAAAAUAUGAUCAUGAACUCUGGGGUUACUGCCCAACUAACUCCAAAGAAACUUGGAACAAAGACCCUACAACAGGAGCAUCUUAUCAGCUGAACACACAGUCAGCGCUGACCUGGGAUCAGGCUGAUGCCAGCUGCAAACAGCAGAGUGCCUCCCUGCUCAGUAUCAGCAAUCCUCAUGAGCAGGCUUAUAUUUCAGCACUAUUAGGGGCAAAUUGGGGACAGGAGUACAAGCUCUGGGUUGGACUGAGCUUCCAGGAUUUAGAUUAUGUGUGGAAGUGGUCUAAUGGGAAUCCUUAUGCAUAUCUGAAUUGGGAUUCAGGACAUCCAGUUUCUAAUCCAGGAUAUAAGUGUGGAAUUAUUGAUGGCGCUGUUCAGUUUUCUUGGCAAAGUUCAAAAUGUAACAAGAAACUGGGAUACAUCUGCUACAGUGAAGGACCUUUGGAUGCACCUACUGAAGCUCCCGAGAGUGGAUUUUGUACAGCACCCUGGAUCCCCUACAAUGGCCACUGCUUUUACCUUUAUCGUAAUGAAACAAAAAAAUGGUCUGAUGCUCAGAAAGCUUGCCGUAAAGAAGGAGGAGACCUAGUAACCAUUCGUAAUGUGGAGGACCAAAGCUUCAUCAUCUCUCAACUUGGAUAUGCAUCCACUGAUGAACUCUGGAUUGGACUAAAUGACAGGAAGAGAGAGAGGCUGUUUGUCUGGAGUGAUCAUUCUCCUGUGAGUUACACUAGCUGGGACUCUCGGGAACCAACUGUCACCUCUGAACAAGAAGACUGUGUUCUGAUCAGAGGGGAGAAUGGAAACUGGGCUGACCGUGUGUGUGACGAGAAACAUGGCUUUAUCUGCAUGAAGACAAGUGACUCUGAACCCUCUGGAGAUGAAGUGGAGCUGAACGCAGGCUGCAAAACUGGUUGGAAAAGACAUGGAUCCUACUGCUACUUUGUAGGGACUGAGACAAAGACGUUUCAUGAAGCCAAUGAUGACUGCAAGAGCUCAAACUCUUAUUUAGCUGACGUUUCAACUGGGGUGGAUAAUACUUUCCUUGUAAGCUUGGUGGGGCUGAGGCCAGAGAAACACUUCUGGAUAGGUCUCUCAAACCUGAAAAACAGAGAAUAUUUUAUGUGGACCAACAAUGCCUACGCGAGAUAUACUCACUGGAACACUCAUAUGCCAGGUAACGUGCAGGGUUGUGUUGCUAUGGCAACUGGGCAUUCUGCUGGCCUUUGGGAUGUGUUGCCCUGUACCAAUAAGGAAAAAUACAUCUGCAAACACCUGGCAGAAGGGGCAGCUUUAACCCCAGCUCCACCAACCACUGCCACACCUAACUGCACAGAUGGAUGGAUUAAGAUGCAAUCCAGAGGCAUCUGUUAUAAGAUCUUUCCAGAGGCUUCAGAAAAGAGAAAGACCUGGUACGAGGCUAGAGAUUACUGCAGAGCCAUUGGAGGAGACCUAGUCAGCAUUCACAGCGGUGCUGAUUUACUACGGACAUACAAUAACAUCUACAAUCAUUGGCCUAAUCAAUACUGGAUUGGACUUAGUGCUCCUGACCCAGACACAGGUUAUGUAUGGAGUGAUAGAUCCCCGGUAAACUUCCAAGACUGGAAAGAUGGAGAACCAAACAAUAAAAAUAACGCUGAAUUGUGUGUUGAAGUAGAACGCGUGUAUUGGGAUAACAUUUUGCUUUGGAGUGAUGUGCCCUGUGAGAAGUACAAUAACUGGAUUUGUCAGAUCCACGCAGGAGUCACCCCAAAGCCGGCUCCAGACCCUGUCACCCCUGAGUAUAACACGACCUCUGAUGGGUGGCUAGAAUGGAAUGGGGCUCAGUAUUACAUUAACGAAAAGGCAAUGGCCAUGGAGGACGCUCGUACGUUCUGCAGACAGAGGCAUGGUGACCUGGUAUCUAUCAACAGUGAAGCAGAAAGGAUAUUUUUAUGGAAACAGAUUUCAACAGGUUAUCAGAAUUCUUGGAUUGGCCUAUCUGUAGAUCUUGAUGGAACAUUUCAGUGGAUGGAUGGUUCUCAAGUGGUGUUUCAAAGGUGGGAUGAAAAUCAACCUGAAUUCAAGAACUUUGAUGAAAACUGUGCUGUCAUGACACAUCAUAAUGCAGGAUUCUGGCAUGACUCCAACUGUGGGCUAGAGUAUAUGUCCUUUUGUAAGCGCAGCAGCUCAACACCCACAAACACCACUGCUGCAGUGCCUACAGUGUCCCCAAAAGGUGGAUGUCCACCCCCUUGGAAAAAAUUUAACUCUAAGUGUUACAUAAUUUUUAAGAAUCAGAAUUUAACGUGGCAAGAUGCAAGGGAAAAAUGCAAACAAAAAGGUGGACAAUUGGCAUCUAUUACUUCAAGACAGGUGGAAGUGUUUCUACUGUCUCAAAUGGUUGAUGCACCUACUACAGACUUGUGGAUUGGUUUAUUUAGGUCACAGUGGAAAACUUACUGGACUGAUGGACAACCAAAGUCAUAUACCAAUUUGGGUAAUAAUCGUUGGUAUUGGUACGAUCAAAUGAAAAACUGUUUUGUGAUCAAUACCAAGCCUUUGGUUGGUAUUGGGAAAUGGAGUCAAAAGUCAUGCAAUGACACCAGUGGAUUUAUCUGUCAUCGAAAUCUUGACACAUCUCACCCAGAUUCUCCAGAACCAACAAUUUCUACUAACUACAUCAAAAUACUCAAUGAUUCCAUUAAGGUUGUUCCUCAACAAAUGAAUUGGGAUAAAGCUGCAGAGUACUGUAAAAAUGACGAUGCCCUCCUAGCUAGCCUGAGGAAUGAGUGGAUGCAAGCUUAUGUUGAGCUCAUGGCGCUGAAUCUCAAGGCUCCUCUUUGGUUUGGAUUACACAAAGUGCAGAUCAAUGGUUCUUUCAGAUAUGUUGAUGGAUGGCAUUUAAUAUUCAGUCGAUGGGGUACAAAUGAACCAAGAAAGGACAGAAGCUGUGUAUACAUGGAUGUGGAUGGAAAAUGGAAAACCGCUCACUGUAAUGAGACACUAAUGAGUGUUUGCAUGAAGUCUACAGAUGUGCUGCCAACAGAGUCAACCAUUUUUCCAGGAGUUUGCCCUCAAGACCCAGAGGCAACAAUAGAAAACAAGAACUAUAUCUGGGUACCAUUCAGGGGUUAUUGUUAUAUUUUUAUUACAGAGCAAACACACUGGAGAGAAGCAUCCACCACCUGUGUAGCACAUGGUGGAAUGCUUGCCAGCAUUGAAGAUUCCUCUGAGCAAAAAUUUCUAGAAAUUAACCUGAGAACUUUUCAAGAUGGCUUCACAUCUUUCUGGAUUGGCCUGUUUAAAAAAACAACACAAAGAGGAAUGGCUCUGGGUGGACAGAACAGCCAUGGGUUACACUAACUGGGCUGAAGGUCAACCUUUUAAUAUGAGCUUUGGAUCGCGCACAGGAGAGAUUAGUACAUCAGAUGGGACAUGGAAGGAUAUCGAAAUAUGGGAUUAUAGACCUUACAUCUGCAAGACACCAAAAGUAUUACUACCAACGCCAUCACCACCAGCCCAAACUGGAUUACCUCAUCAUCAGCGUGUCUAUAUAACCACUGCAGUUGUGUUAGUCAUUACUGGGAUUGCAGUGGUGGCAGUCACUGCUGUCUUCAUCUUUAAGAAAUUUGGUCAUCAGUUACCCGCCCCU